AUGUCUUUUCGCGAUUCGACUGUUGCAAUCAUUGAGACCGGCCGAACCGUUGUUCGGGCAGGAUUAGGACUUCAUGAUUUACUAAGGCCACCCUCUGUCGAAUUCCAAGCGCGCGUGGGUUUGCGCAAGAAUGGUUCAGAGCCGACCCUCGUGAGCCCGAAUGGCAAGCAAAAGCUCUCGAAAUCCGUAUCGAUAUUGCCACAAUAUGCUAGUACGGCGCUAGUCCACGAUUACCUAGUAGGGAGUCAGCUCGACGAAGCCCUUGCUGCUGGACAGGACAUUGCCGUUUCGUGGCCAUUCGCAGAUGGGACUGUUCGAGACUGGGUGCAGGCAGAAGCUCUAUGGAAAUACGCUUUAUUCAAUCAACUCCAGCUACGGCGAACGCAAAAUGAAUCCCCUGUGUUGCUGUCUAUGUUCUCCGGGUUGUCAAGAAGCGAUUACGAAAGGACGUGUCAGUUGUUUUUCGAGCGACUCAAUGUGGCUGGGUUCUGCCUAGUCGAACGACCUAUGGCGCAGAUAUACAGCUCGAACACCAUUACUGGGGUGGUCGUCGAUAUCGGUCACGAAAAGACUGAUGUAACGCCAGUGCUAGACGGACUCAUCAUUCACAACGCGCGCACGACCUCCACGCUCGGUGUCCGUGAUUGUCAGGCAUACCUCGCCAACCUUUUACGUACCAAUCAAACCGUCAUGAACGCGUUCUCGCCCCCAGAAUCGCCCCUCGAGCCAGAAGCCUUGAACAACCUGCUGCUGGACCUCGUGAAACAGAUAAUGGAAGACGGGUACGUCAAGGUCCCUUCGGACGGAGAGACAGCUGUCGUAGAAGAUGAGGGCAUCACGGACAUCGCUGCCAUCGUGGUGGCUGGGAAGGAAAAGGCGGUGAUUGAGAGUGGAAUGAAGAAGAAGGCCAAUGCAAAGGCAUCGGCGGCGGAACAGGCCAGGGCUCGCGAAAUCGAGGCACUGGAUUUGAUUACAGUUACUUUCCGUGAGAAGGAGGUGACCUUGGGGAAGGAGAGGCAUCGAUUCUGCGAGCCGCUGUUCGACCCAUCACUCUUGCAAGGGCUCCCCUCGUAUCAUCAAUGUGCCCGUGGGUCUGAUAUCUUAUCGCUGCAAGAAGUCGUAGGCAAGUCAGUUGCCUUGGUCGAAUUCGACCAACGACAGUACGUGUGGCAAGGACUAUUUGUCACAGGCGACGUUACGCGACACGUCAAGGGCAUUGGUGUGGCGUUGCAAUCUCGUUUAGCACCAUAUCUCUUGGCCAAUUCGGACAUACAGACGGACGUUCAAGCAAGGGUCAUCCGGUUGACGAAUGUACCAGAGUAUUACCCCGAAUAUAGGGAUACUGGGAAUGGGUACGCUGCAUUUUUAGGUGCAAGCAUUGUGGCAAAGCUUUGCUUCAACGACUCGAGUAGCAAAAAUUAUGUAUCAAAAACAGAUUACAUUAACAAAGGCCCUCACGCAGUGAUAGAAAUGGCGCCGACACUGUUGUAA